AAAUGCUUUUUUCGCUCACCGUUCUUGUUCUUGUGAAACCUUUUCUUUCUUUUCGGUUAUUGUAUCCCUAGCAUCAGGCCCACCGUUGCGAGGCCGUUAUCUCACCCUAGCACUGAGGGCAACCGUUGAACUCAGGCACACCGUCGCGCCGAAGCAUCUCCGGCUUCUCCCUGAAGAAGCAAAGGAGAAAGUCCCUUUUUGUUACUUCCUUCUCUCUCUAGUGUCUCACAAAUGAAGAUCUUAGAGGCCAAUGCUGGUGCACUAACAAAUUUUGAGGUCCUUGAUUUCUUACGAGCUAAAGGAGCUUCAAAGGAUCCAACAAGGGUUAUUGCCAAAGUAGAGCAGUCUGAAUACAAGGUUUAUGAUUAUUUGGUUGACACUGCUGCCUCUGAUCAAACAAGAGAGAGCAUCAACGAGUUUUUGACUAGUAUUAAACGGCAUGAUCUUGCAAAAGCCGAGGUUCUGAACAUAUUAAACACUAGGCCAGCUGCUGAAGUUGAAUUAUUCCCUAUCAUAGAGAGUUGUGAAGGGCGUUUUCCAGAUGAAGAGGUGACCGAAAUAGUAGAGCUGGUGACAAGAACAUUGCCGCCACCUCCCAGUAUGAAGCAGGAAGAAAUCACAAAGGGUGACGAAGAAACUGCUACACUGAAAAAUGAAAACGAUGAGGUUAUUCAAGAUCCCAUGGACACAAGAUAACACAACUAAUUGGCCGUUAUUCAUAUAUUUAGAAAAAUUACUAUACGCAUCUUAAUUUUAUGUACAAUUAUUACAUUUUUGUUUGUUAUCUCUUUUUUCUUAUCGUAUUAUAUAAUCUAUAAAUUUAUCA